GCUAAGAAACUAUCCAGUGUCAAUAGUGUCUGGUACGUUAGACGUUCGAAAUUGGAAACGUAAACAAGUUGCAUAAAUCAUUAUAGAUAAGGGAAAAUAAACAUGCACAGAAACAUCGAGAUUAAAGCGGUAAUUCGAGAUGUUGAACGUACCGUUUCAAAAGCCGCAGAGUUAAGCAAUACCGCCCAGACUAUGAUCGAGCAGCAUGAUAUUUUUUUCAAGACAGAGGAUGGAAGAUUAAAAUUACGAAAAUUUAAGGAUGGCACUGCAGAAUUAAUUUUGUACAAGCGACCUGACGUUCCAGGGCCAAAGUUAUCUACUUAUGACAAAGUGACAUUAAAUUCAGAUAUUGUAGAAUCAAUCACAGAUAUAUUGUCUCGGUCCAUUGGUGUGCUUGGAGUUGUUAAGAAGACAAGACUCUUGUACAUGAUUGAGCAGACUCGAGUUCAUAUUGAUGAGGUCGACGGUUUGGGUAAUUUUUUAGAAUUAGAGGUAGUGUUGCAAAAAGAUCAGGAUGUAGAAACUGGACAGAAAAUUGCUUACGAUCUUAUGCGAACACUGUUUGUGAAAGAAGACGAUUUAAUCGCAGAAGCAUACAUAGAUCUGCUAAAUUCUAAAACAUAAGUAUUGUUCACGUUGCUGCUUAUAACUCCAUACAGAUGUAAAUGUACAGAAAUAACAAGUGAUUUUUUCACUCGGAAGAUAUUAAAGUAUAAAACAAUUCUAUUUUUUACAAUUUACAAUAAAUUACAUAUGUCAUACAACAAAGUAAACUUUUUCUUGCUCUUUCCAAUGUGUAUAGUUUGUUAAAAUUAAUCUGAUAUUUGCAUUGGAAUAUACUUAGAUGUUUUGUAUUUGUGUGUGUACUUAAAAUAUGUAAAAUAUAUACUUAAAAUAUU